GACGCUGGGCUGCUGAGAAACGCCUCAUUGUGUCGGUUGACCUGGAGUUGGCGCACCUUAUACCCGGUUCUUUCACUGUGUAAAGCUCGCUCUCUUCGUGGAUUUAUUUGCAUUCUUCUCUCGGUGCUUGCUGGGAAAGGAUUCUUUUUACCGGGUUCGUCCCGGUUUAAUUUUGGAAAUAAUUGGAGCGGCUGUGGAUUAAUGUGAACCGGGCAACGUGUUCGGGCUGAACGGACUUAGUCUUAACGGAGUCUUUGGAGAUGAGCAGAAAGAAAGAUUUUUAAACAAACGGGUAUAAUCAGGAUUGAAACGGCCUUUCCUUCUUGGUUUUGGAAGUGUCUCGCUCUGUAACUGGUUCUGCUCUGAAGCUGCUUGUGCUUGACAGUCCCAGAUUCAAGGACAUCUGAGGGGGUCCACCCCCGCCUCUUGACUUGUUUUUCACGUCACUGUUACCUGACCAGCUGGAGGAUCCACCUGUGGGACCACCAUACUUUCAAACUCGGAUGUUCGCAAUGACCCACUGACACCACCCUCCUGCACCCUCCAUUUUCAAGGUCUACUAGGAAAAUGGCCCUGACCGGCUGUCUGUGGCUAUGGCGGCUGCCAUUGUUGCUGACAACGAUCAUGCUUCGUUCGUGUUUUCUGUCUGUGUCAGCCUCGACCACAUCCUUCCCCAAAGACCUGGAACCACUCUAUGUUGUCAGCUCGGAGCAGUCAUACCAAUAUCCAGGUUUUCAGGGUCUGCUACUGGACAAUGACACGUUGCGCCUGGGUCUGGACUUUCAGAGAAUGUUGCGGAUCAAUCACAUCCUUUACAUUGCAGCAAGGGAUCAUGUGUUUGCUGUGAACCUCACAACGGCAUCAGAGGAGUUUGUUCCACAGCUGAAGCUGACAUGGAAAUCUAAAGACGUCAGCAAGUGUACAGUCAGGGGAAAGAACAGCGAUGAGUGUUAUAACUACGUCAAAGUUCUGGUGCCUCGAAAUGAUGAGACUCUGUUUGCAUGUGGUACCAAUGCCUUCAACCCAACCUGCCGUAAUUACAAGAUGACCUCGUUGGAGCAGGUUGGGGAAGAAGUGGUCGGUCAGGCUCGCUGUCCGUUUGAGUCCAUUCAGUCCAAUGUUGGACUGUUUGCUGGUGGAGAUUUCUAUUCAGCCACCAUGACAGACUUUCUAGCAAGUGAUGCCGUCAUCUACAGAAGCCUGGGCGAGGGCCGACCAGUACUCAGGACCGUCAAAUAUGACUCCAAAUGGCUCCGAGAGCCUCAUUUCCUGCAUGCCAUCGACUAUGGUAACUAUGUCUACUUUUUCCUGAGUGAGAUUGCAGUGGAAUACACAGCCCUGGGCAAGGUUGUGUUUUCUCGAGUUGCGCGUGUCUGCAAGAAUGAUAACGGAGGAUCACCCAGAGUUCUGGAAAGAUACUGGACUUCCUUCCUGAAGGCACGGUUGAACUGUUCGGUUCCUGGAGAUUCCUUCUUCUACUUUGACGUUCUUCAGUCUCUCACCAAUGUGCUGCAGAUCAACCAGAGGCCAGCGGUUGUUGGAGUGUUUACCACUCAGUCCAACAGUAUCCCAGGCUCAGCAGUUUGUGCCUUCUAUAUGGAUGACAUCGAGAAAGUUUUUAAUGGGAAGUUCAAAGAACAGAGAACCAGUGACUCAUCCUGGACUCCAGUGCCAGACGAGCAGGUUCCCAGACCAAGACCGGGAACUUGUGCAGGCGAUGGUCCGGCUUCAGAUUACAAAUCUUCGGUUCAAUUCCCAGAUGAGAUGUUGACCUUCAUCAAAUCAUAUCCUCUUAUGGAGGAAGCUGUACCCUCUGUCAAUGACCGGCCCUGCUUCACACGUACCUCAAGCAGGUCCAAGUUGACCCAGAUUGUGGUCGAUGUUUCAGCCGGUCCCUUUAAAGACAAAACAGUGAUGUUCCUAGGGUCCGACGAUGGCCGCGUCCUGAAAGUCCUGGCUAGCACACAUCCGAAUGACAGCUUUGGAUCCAAACUCCUGGAGGACAUUGACGUUUAUAACCCUUCCAAGUGCAAUGUUCAGGGUCAGGACGACAGGAGGGUUCUGGGACUGGAGUUGGAUAAGGAUCAUCAUGCAUUAUUUGUUGCCUUCACCAGUUGUGUUAUCAGAGUACCACUCAGCCGCUGUGCCCAACAUGCAGCCUGUAAAAAAGCCUGCCUGGCUUCUCGUGACCCUUACUGCAUCUGGCUUCGCACUGGGACUUGUGCCAACAUGGCACCGGGCUUCAAGGCUGGGUUCGAACAAGAUAUAGAGGGAGACCACUCUUUUUACCCCGACAACUGUCACACUGAUGGGCUGGCGACAACACGAAACCAGGAGUCAGCAGCCGACUCUGCCUAUGGUGUUCAUCGCCCGCCUGAGCUGGACCAGCGUGCCAACGCCAACGUCCACUACACCCUGCUGAUCGCCUGCGUGUUCGUGGCAUUCUUUUUGGGAGCCAUCCUGUCAGGUUUCCUGGUGUCAUGUUACUGCAGCCGCAGCGCAGCUCACCGAGCGCGAAGGCUAGGGAAGGACCCCGAAGCAUCCCUGCCACACGCUCUGUCGUUGCGGUCGCUCGCCAAGCUGAACGGGCUGCUGGAUGGGCAGUCGAGGGAUGACCAACUGGAAGUGUCAUCGCCAAAAAUGUACAGCUCCUUCAUCCCCAAUGGGAGAGCCGAACCCCACCUUCACACCCCUGGACAUCAGGGUCUGCAGCUGGGAGACCCUGAUCUCAACCUCUCCCAGUCUAUUUCUCAGGGAGAUGGAGAACUCUCUGGCCUGCCGACACCUGACUCCACCCCAGAGCUGCCCUUCAGGAACAUGAAGGCGCUGCGGCAUCAUCCGUACGAGAAGAACGAAAACUGCAACAACGGCAAAGAUAAGAACCCCAAGUCAGGGCCCAGCUGCUCCAAAUCCAGUCAGGGCUUCAUGGCUGUGGCUGGAAAUUCUUUGAGUCAGCAAGUGUUUCCCUUUUCCCAUCACAAUGGCGGCAGUUUGAGCAAUGGGGCAGCCCACGGAGCAGGCGCCUCAUCGACUUCACUACACCUUCUUGAGGAGAGACAAAUCCCAAAUGAUGAGCGAGCUGCCGCCAGUGGAGGAGGAGGUGGUGGUGGAGUUCCACAUCACCACCACUCCCAGCAGUCGCUGCCACAGACAGUGGUGGAUGUGUCUGCACUGGAUGAGCUGCUAAAACACAUCCAUGAGGUCAGCGCGUCAGGAACUGGUGGAAUCAAGGUCCUCACGUCUAGCUCCUCAUCCUCACUGUUCCCUGGACCGUCCUCUACUGGAGGAGGACAUCAUAAUGGUCAUCAUCAACACCAUCAUCACAAUCAACACAGCCAGACACGAACACACCACUACAACCACAGCCAUCACCACAGCAACCAUCACAACAAUAACACCAGCAACCACCAUCACCAGCAGCAGAUCCCUGAGACAGAACCAACUUCUUAUUACAGCACCUCCACAUUGCCGAGGGAUGGUGUCCCCAAACGCUUGGAUUCAGCCCCUCAAAAUUCCACCUCAUCGUCUGCUACGUCUUCAUCUUCAUCUUCAAACAACCCCACCUCCUCUACUUCCAUCCCUUCUUCGUCCUCUUCUUCUUCCUCCACACCGCUCCAACAGCAGGUGAUCCUGGAGCGGCCUGGAGGAAGUGGUGUCCCCGUGACACAUCACCAAUCCCAGCGCCACUCCCUUAUCAAGAUGGGUGCAGCAGGUGGCGCUGUGCCCCGCCAUCACAGCUUUAACCAACGGGGGACACAUGUGCACUUUCUGGCCAGGAUGAACACCAACAACAACAGCAGCAGCAGCAACCGCCCCCCAGGUUCAACUGUGGCGACUGAUAAAAACAACGGCGAGAGCCUGCGGGUGUCCGUCGCCAGCGCCUGUUUGACACGGCAGCACAGUUACAGUGAAGGGCCACAUGUGCAGCGGGCGGCAAUUGUCCGGAGAACGGUGUCCCUAAAGCCACAGAUCCCACCAAAACCACUUUUUCUGCCAAAUACAGUAACGUCUGCAGCAACAGAGGUGAGAAAAUACAACUACUAAGACAAGGCACCACCAGAACAUGGCUGCAGCGCUCCCCACAAAGGAAAUCACUGAAAUGCCGGCAAAAGGACAAAAUGAGCGCUGAUAGGCCAAAAAGACAAGAGAGACUUCAGUUCUCGUGAUUUAUCACAACUUUCCAGUUGUACUUAUCGUCAUGCUGCUGACGGAAGGCCAUCUGAUGCCUUUCUGAGGUACAACUGAGACAAACUUGUUUCUUUGCAGGGAAGGAUUCCUUGUUGAGACUUUCUCUUCGCAGCAAAUGUGGAUCGAAACCAGUUCAGACAGGAAACAUCUAUGAAACAUUCCAGAACCAGGGCGAAAGGUGUUAAUGAUUCAAAAAGAGUCCCACAAGGGUCAAGGUGGCCUGAAAAAAUUCCUGAUUAAUGCAGUUUUCUUAUGAGAGCUUUGAUCUAAUGUCCCCAGUCACUGCACCUUAGAACGGGGCCUGGAUUUCAAUUGCAAAUAUUUAAAAAGCAGAGAAUUGGACAAAUGCAGACCUGAGAUGAACUGAAUCUGGGACCGUUGCAUCGCUUUGAGUCCAGGGAUGGCAGAGCUUUCCACAGAAGCAAGUCAAGAAGUCAGAAAAAAAUGCUUUGCUUAGCAGAUCUGUUUUUUAUGACUCUUAUAAAAUGAAAUGUCAAGAAAAGUUCACUGACUGAAAAAAAUAGUCUAUUUGUUCAAAGCCAAAACUUGAAAACAGUUUUGUUUUCCUGACAAAAAGAGGUAAAAAGAAAAGUCACAGUCUGAGCUACGAGAUCACAUUUAAGUGUUAUAAUCCAGCAGUCAGAGAUCCAGAUCAGAGUAUUUACCCCCAUAUUAACACAGAAACCAGAUAAAUGCUGCUUUCUUUGAAAUCUGAAAAAAGGAAAUAUUGAGGCCUAGUAGAUGAUUAAGGAAAGAUUUCUGAUAAACCAAUCCCACAAAUGACUAAUUAAUUAUUUCAGUAAAUGUAACACUCAUCAAUUUCAUCAUUUGUGAGUUCAAAUUACUUAAUUGGCUCAAAUGAAUAAUUAAUCUCUCAAAUUAUUAAAUUUCUGUCUAAUGCAGCUUCUUUACUCUUCAAUUGCAUUACAUCUGCAGAAUUUGCAGGAAAUGUUUUAAUUUAAUGUCUGUAAAGCCAAAUAGUUUAAAGUGCUGGCUGCUAGAUUCAGGCUUUGAGUUGGGAAUUAAGCAAUAUUGGUUUAUCAGAAAUGUUUUCUCAUCACCAGCUGAUUAAAGAAGGAUCUUCACAAUGUGAGUUCAACCAAAUAACGACUCACUUACCUCCAGUGCAAUGGUUUCCAAAGUGUUUAAGUCUGCCUGCCAUCAUUUGCGAUUUAGUUCUGAAAUAUAUUUGGGAAUGGAAAUAUAAUCAGUUGUACACAAAUUCGUUAUUCUAGUAUACUUAAAUCUAAUGUAUGGAAAAUACAAAGACCUGACCGUGAUGCUGCAGUUUGUUCUUUAGGUUGUUUUAAGUCCUUUAUUUUGGGGAAAAUAAAGGUCUGCACCAUAUGAUGCUGCCUUCCUGGAACUCAACAUGACCCGCAUGACAACUUGUAUACAUUUAACUCAAAACUAUUUGUUCACAUGUAAGAUCAGUGUUUUCUCAAAUAAAUUCUGAUAUCAGA